AUGCUUAAUGCAGGUUGUCCGGACUUUUUCAAAAUACUGGCUCAUGCAGAGAGCACACAUGAAAGAACAUUUUACUUCAUCCAGAUGCCUCAACAAGGAAUCAAGCAGAAGAAAUGUGCCGCUGAGGUUUGGUCAAAGCCAAUGGCCUCGAAGGAUGYGGURCGUCCUCCCGGGUUUCUGCUCCGCKCCCGGCGCCGCCGCACAGCCUCGACAAAYGCCAAAGCACCGCCAGGGGAGCGAACCCGAGCGGGGACGACGCGGGAGYGCGAGGGCAGCGACUUCUUCUCCCCGCACGGGGACCGGACAGGACAGGAUAGGGCCGGGAUGGGGACGGAGCCGGUGCGGGCGGUGUCCGCGGGUGCGGCGCGGGGCCCUGCUGCCCUCUGCCGGCUGCCGCCCCGCCCCGGGAGGGACACGGGCCCCUCCGCCCCCCGAGGGCUCCGCGGGCCUGCAGGAGAUGUGGAUGCUCCGUUAAGGGUCUCGCUGGCCUCGCCCGCCCUGCUGCGCGCCGCCGACAGAGCCGCCCAGUUCGCGGGGGACGACUUCGCACACGCCGCUCCCGAGCGGGGCGGGGGUGCCCUGGGGGUGCAGCUCACCUGCGACGUCAAGCCAGGAGAAAAUGAAGUUCCAUCAGAAGAUGCCCUAAUACUACAACUGCACCUUGCAAAAGGGCAUGAGAAAUUCACUGAAAUGCUAAAAAGCCAGCAGCAGAUCAUUGUUGAUCUGCAGCAAAAACUUGCUGAACAGCAGCACGUGUUGGUUAGCCAGCAACGGGAGAUUCUUGAACAGCAAAGAAAAAUGUAUGAGCAAAUGGAUCUGAUCAAAGUCCAAUAUGGCAUGCUUUUUGAUACAGUGAAACAAAUGUCAUUUCAGAGUUUGCAAGAAGAUAUUCAAAAUUAUUUUGAAAGUCAUCUUCAUGGACUUCAGAACCAGGUCAGAAAUCAUCUUCAGAAGUCAUACUCUGUGCAUAAAGUAGAAGUGGAUGCCAAAGUGAUUAAUGUUGGGGAGUCUUUGCUGGACUGUGGCCUUUGUGAAAGCGAUGAAUUUUGCAAUUUCCAAAAGACACCUUCACAAUGUGAAAAAUGCACAUUGUGUCCUGCUGGUUUUUUCCAAAUGGCCGAGUGUUCUGCAAACUCUGAUCGGAUUUGCCAGGACAGAGAUGAGUGCACUGAAUYUCCAAGCAUUUGUGGUGAGAGGAUAAAAUGCCUCAAUACUCCAGGUGGUUUCCGAUGCCUUGGAAUUGCUGAGAAAGAUGCAGCUUUGGGGAUGUGUGGAGAAGAGUAUUUCUUUAACAAGGAAAUGCAGGAAUGCCAAGCGUGUUUGAAAUGUGAAGAUGGAAUGGUGGCCGUGCCUUGUUCCACUGUCAGUGACACSGUUUGUUCAGCUGCCAGUGAAAACAAGCUCUCAGAGUCCUGGGCUGCCAACAUCGCUCUACCCUCUGUGAAAUCUGGCAUCUCUCAGGUCUACUCUGGCUUGAACUUGAAGAUAAAGGGAAAGCUUCCCUGUGAAAUCCUGUCCRUUGAAGACAGCAGCCUGGUAUUCAGGCAACAUGGGCUGUUGUGGAYUGACCUAAAUUUUGCAGUAAAGCACAACUGCAGGAACUUUUUGCAACUUUCCUUAAAGCUCAAUGGCAGCGAGGAAGGCUACGAACUGAGCGGUGUUCGGAUAGAGCAGCCAGAAGGAAAGUAUUUCCAGAGCACUAGUUUAAGCAGUGCUGCUGAAGUGGAGCCCAGCCAAACUCUUUCUGUGUAUUUGAGGAGYCCUAAUCAAUUCUGCAAUCAAAGCAAAGACUUAAAUAUUUAUGAUCUCARUACCCCACUCAGUUUGUUUUGGUUGUCCCACGACACAGGUGCUGUGGCACUCAGUGCACAGAUGUCUACAGCAAUGCAUUACCAAACCAACUAUCGACCUACCUUUAAAAUAAUUUCUGUUUCUGACCCUUAUAUGCUAAGUUUAUCUCAUGAUGGCAGAGCUAUAAAAUUCACYGAAACUGGUGUUGUCAAAUUUGUGUUUCACCAAGCAUUGUACUCCAUGGGUCACACUUGUGUCCGGGAGGGCUUCUCCUUAAUUUCUUACAUCAAUAGGAAUGGUACCAAUAGAGAAUUAAUGAAUGUGUUUAAAUCUGGGGUAAAUUACAGAGACACAUCGAUAUCUGCUUCUGGGGCCACAAAAGUUGGUGCUGGAGAUCUGGUUAGCUUUGAAAUACUUUCUCCUGCACAGUGUAAYGUUCGGUAUUUUGGAGAUAGUUCUGGAAUUAGCAUGUUUAGCCUCAUCUGGAUCCCUUCAGCAGUUUCCAGUGCCAUAUCAGCCACAGUUUCUGUUACAGGUCUGCCUACUGGAGCUGUGAGAAACAAACUACUGGAUUUCACCCAGGUCUCAGCCAAAGAAAAACAGAUACAGCUGGUUUCUUCUGGACAGCUUGCUCAGAAGUAUUUUAUUUUUACUGAAAAGGGAGUUGCCAGCCUUGCAUUUAACUUAAAGCUAAUCCAUUCUUGCAAURUGCUCAAAGUGACUCUCAAUCAGCUGAGCAUGGAUCACAUGCAGCCCACAGCAAUUGCUCAGCAGGUUGGAGGGCAGAUGCCAGAGGGAAGCACAUGGACCAGUGUGUCCCUCCGUGCAUCUUUUCAAGUGCACAAUGGGACACUGAUAUCAGUUUCUCUUGACUGUGUGCGUGGAAGGAUCAAUCAGAUCACUCAYGAACAUGGAACCAGUAUAUCUAUUUUAUGGAUUUCAUCUUAAUUUCUGCACAGUGAUGUUAGCAUGGAAUUGGGGUUUAAAUUGUAUUUGGAUUCUACUCUGAUUCUAUACRUAUUUGUCACUAUACUGUGUUGACUUGAGCAGAUCAUCAUGCCAAAAUGCUCUCAAUUUUAGGAAUAUUUAAAUAUAAUCUGAACUGAAUGAUCACUAUUAAAAGAAAACAAGAGCUUUCAGUGUCCAGGUUUUUGAUUCUGUUACCAUCCUCAGGCAGGGAAACACUGAAUUCAGGUCAAACCUUCUUAUUUUUAAUAAAGCARUCUCUUAAAAUUGUGUAUUUUUGGACCACAAAAAAUUGCAGCUGAGGGUAAAUAGGAUUUAGUACUGUAACAGAAAGCAGCACAGCCAAAUAAUUGAAACCUGCUUUCAUUUUUUUUCAGGCAACAGGCUAAUAAAAAGACCAAAUAUACUUCAGGGCUAAUUUAUCUACAUCUUACAAAAUGUUGUCCGUUCCAUAAAUGGAGAGAAUAUGCCUCAAUUAAGUGAUAAUGUGGCAACACUGGAGUAUACAUUCUUAAUAUUGUGGAAAUGGACUGAUCAAAAAUAGAACACUGUUUUUACAACAAAAAGAGUGGAACUAAUGACUGCUCUAAUUUCGUUUGGAAAUAAUGUGCAUUUAAGUAAUUUGGGAAGGCUUUUCCCUGUUUUUAGUUUUGCCAGUGAAAAGUUGCAGAAUGAGAAAGAAGGAAGUCUAUUCUAAGAAGAAAGAGUAUAUAGGCAAAAAGAAACAAGUACUAAAAUAAUGUCUUGAAAAUUAGACUUUUGAAAAUUAAGCAAAUUUUUAUUCAAUUUCUUUUAAACACUAGAAUAUUUUUCUGAUUGAAAAUAAACAUUCACAAGUCUUUUUAUUUUGCUGAA